GUGGGGAGAAGUUUAGGUUAUGUGUCACAUUUUCAAAUAUUUAAGUUUUCAAUGUGCUAAUAUUUUCAUUAUAUUUAAUAAUGGGGGUGAAGCCAAAUAACGAUGAUAAUCCAGAUAACAAUUAUGUAUUCAGUAGAAAAGCCGGCAGAAGUAUUAUAGAGCGUCGGCCCGUAUUUGCACCAGAUGGCGAGUCUGUACUGGUGAUUGUAGAAAAUAUAGUAAGGGUUUAUAAUAUACAAACAGGGGACUGUUCCCGUACUCUAGAAACUGAAACCUCUAUUACAGAACUAGUGGCCGUACAAUUCCCCGAAAAUGAAGAAUACAAUUUGUAUGGAUGUUCUGACUCUGGCUGCGUUACAAUUUGGACUUGGGAGAAUGGAGCAGUGCUUAGGGAAAUUAAUCUUCAACUUCCAGAAGAAAUGAAAAUUAUGACAUUUGAUUUACUUGAUAGUAAUGAAUGUUUUAUCACAGCAUUAAGACCUAAUAAAAAUCUUUACCUUGCCACCUACUCAGUGAAGACUGGAAGUUUAAUUCAUGAAUAUGUGGACACCAGUCCAUUUUAUUACAAUAUUGUUAGAGUCGCUGUUGGCUGGUGCUAUGGUGAUAGAUUUGCAGCUAUUGUAAACGGCACAGCAAGAGUUUACAUACAGAAUUUAUAUCAGCCACAUGUGAAAACUGAAAUUGUAAAUCACAACAAAUUUAGAAUAUUAUCAGUUGCGGCUCAUCAUAAUGAUAAUGCUAUUGCAAUAACUGAUGCAUUUGGACGUGUUACUAUAUUCAGAGGGAACUUAUAUGACUACAGGAAUGUUGCUAGAGAAGUUUUACAUUGGCAUUUUCUUCCACCACUUGCGGUGUGUUUUUCAGUACAAGGUAAUUACUUAAUGUCCGGUGGAAUGGAAAAAGUUUUAGUGAAGUGGACAUUAGGCCAUUUGGCGAACAAAGCAAAUGAGAAAAUCUUUAUACCUCGAUUGCCAGGCAUGAUAAGAUUUAUUACAGCAAAUAGCUCCCAUGUUGCAGUCACUUUGACUAACAAUUCGGUUGUGAUAGCAAGUGCACAAUUUCGUGUGCUGUCGACUUUAUUGGAAUGUGGGGGACUAUCACCUGUUGCUCGAGCUAUCAACACAGCACUGGUCUAUCACCGGCCAUUAGAUGCGUUGCUUAUGAGUGGCAGGACUGGUCAUUUACAGUUGUACUCCACAACAUCAGAUAAGGUUCUUUAUAAUAUUGAUAUAACAGAAAUGAAUAGUACACCAUCGGAGAGAAAGAAUCUACUUCCACUGGAGACAGAGAUCACCUGUGUGACUGUCAGUGGAAAUGGUACUUGGCUCGUCACUUCCGAGUACAGGAAUGAUGGCAUCACAUACCCUGAAGAGAAACUAAAAUUCUGGUUGGCACAGAAAAAAAACCCAUCGCCUUUCAAACUCAACACUUGCGUCAAUCUGUCACACGGUGGAUGCAAUGUUGUAUCUUUAGCUAUUAACUUUAGGGGUCACUUUUGCGUAUCAGCGGGCACAGAUCAGAAAAUAAGAAUCUGGAAGAGAGAGUCAACUAUACUGCCACAUAAGAAGAUAAUAACAUGGAGUUGUGUGACCGCUUGCUAUUAUUCAUUGGGGACUUCACAAUUUCUAUCAAAUAGUAUAUUGAAUAAUUUUAAAAUUGGAGAAAAAGUGGAUAAAGGAAGUGUUGAAACUAUGCCUUAUUUGACAAAAGUAGGCAAAAAGGAUGAUAUAAUCGGGAGGAUAUUGAAUAUACAUAAAGAGUACUCUUUGUUUGAUGGAGGAAUGAUCAAUGAGGGUAUCGAGAGAAAUGAUGAGUUCAGUAUGGGUGGUGUGGCGAUAUCACAGGACGGGUCUUUAAUCGCCGCGUGGUUCGGCUGCAAGCUGACUCUGUGGGACUCGCAUUUGUGCAGUUUACGAUCAACAUUAACACAUCCCGCAUUACGACCUAAAGGUGUUCAAGUUCAGUUUGGAAGCAAUGAUGCUGCGCACUAUUUGGUAUGUACGACGGAGCAUUGCCUGGCCGUAUGGAGUCUACUGUCUCUGACAGUGAAGUGGUAUGUUCAGCUGCACCCCACCUGCCUCGCUGCUGACCCCGCCUCCAACAAGAUGGCCAUCACCACUGUUAACAAUGAUGUGUACAUCUUCACGCCGCACAGUUCUACUCCUCUGAUGGUACACAAACAGCUGCUGGACCCUCGCUCUGGUGUCUUCAGGCAGUGCACCUUCGCUGCGGCCGCUAAAGACCAUGUCAGGCUUUACGUCAUGAGGAAUAACUCCGAAAUCUACUGCUUAGAACCAGCGCAGUCAGAUGAUGGUAGAUUGGAGGCGAUAUCUCGUCGCAACAUGCCGGCGAGCAAGUUCGGCGCACUGCUCGCCGAGCACCGCGUGUCGGAGGUGCUCGCCGCGCGGCCUGCGCAGCUGCAGCCUGAUGACUUGCUCAGUCUAGGCAGGAACGUUAUUGCACAGUUUCUAUCGGCCGCUCCUCAUAUGAUGCCACCAAUGAGUUUACUAUGUACGCCGAUUCUGGAACAUAUAUCUGGUCAGAAAGAAUCCGAAGAAGCCGCCGAAGAAGAGGAAGAAGUCGAAGAAAUGGAUGUAGACGCUGCCUCCAGCGAUGACGAGGAAAUCGACAAAAAAUUAGACAUAUCCACAUCUCCAAAAAUAGCCGAACUGUGGACUCCAAAUUACGAAGAAGUGAAGGAAAAAAGAUUAAAGAAAAUAUUAAACGAACCUUUCCUGGAUCUACAUGACUCACAAACUAUAUUUGAAUAA